GUCGACAAGAUUAGGCUGGUGUAGCCCUUUUCCUGGGUGGUGGUGGUUGGCUGUAGUGGUGGUAGCUUACUAACUUCGAACCUCUUCUCUCGGACCUUGAAGGGGGGCUUCUCUCCUAAAACUUGCGGUGCUCAAUGAUAACGCUUGAAGCAGUAGCCGUCUCGGCCCCCACUUUGAGUUGUAACAUCAGACCGGACUGGGCUUGGGCUGGACUCAACCUCAAGCUGACGUACUACCUUCCCACUCUCUAGCGUGUGUGUGAGUGAGUGAGUGAGUGAGUGAGAGAGAGAGAGAGUGCGUGGAGGUGCAGAGAGCGCGGGGUUGCUGAUGGUGAAAGGGGAUUUUUAUAAUAGAGACUAAAAACCUUCUUCUAGCCAGCUAUAAGCCGGAUAAGAGAUAGACUGGUGCUAGUCGUGGUGGUACUCCUGCCCGUGGAGAGGGGAAGUUAAGACCGAUAGGCCUCUAUAUAUAUAAAAGACUUUACAGAGGCUUCAAGAUUACUUAACUGGUAUUAUAUUCCUACUCGUAAAAAAGAAGAGGUGUUAUGGGACAAGCAGUGUCAUGAAUCUGUUAAUCACGGCUAUCAAGAAAAACGAGUGUAUGGACUUAUAACUGAUAAUAAGCCUGCUGUGAAGUGAUGUUUGGACAUUGAACAAAAACAGUGCAACACAGAAAGAGUUAUUGAAUUGUCAUGCUUCAAAUCUUUUGGCAUUUAAUCCUCAAAACAGAAGUGAACUGAAACGAACUCUAAAAACCGUUUAUAUCGCAAUCCGCAAUAAACUUAAGAACCACGUGUGACGUCCACCACGUGUGCAGGCAAAUUGCGUAAAUUUACCGAGUGAUGGAAUCUGUUGCGUGUGUUACAGGACAGUGAAUUGCUCCCACAGACUCCUCAGCCACCACCUGACUUGUUAAUACCAGUUCUAGUGUACGGAACAGCUUGCUAAUCACUUACCACAACAGUUUUCAAGUGAAGAAGUUUUCAACACUACAAUAAAAUACAAGCUGAAUAAAAACUUAAUUUCCUUACAGUGCGCAUAGUGGAUUGUAUCCAAGGACACAGAAAUUCGUCACCAACACCUCAUUAAAGUCUCGGAAGCAGAGAACACCUCUCCAACUACCAUGCCGGUGCUGAAGACAAUACGGGCCGACGUCUGAACCCUGAAGUGUAACAAACCAUGUGCUAAGAAGAACACGCGACACAAAGUGCAAAUAUUUGUAGUGUGUGAACUGUCCAGAUGAUGGAAAGAAUGGAACCUUUGUCGGACACGGGGCUGUGCCUUCAGGACCUAGUGUCCGGCGUAGCCACAUCGUCGUCGGCGACAAGUGGCAGCAGUGAGUCGUCAGUAGCGCACAAUCACCACCAGCACACGAAUCACCACCAUCACCACUCGGCCGGACACGAUACCAUCGUUCCGGUGAGUGCGGUGUCGGUGUCCUCGGCCGCCGCUGGCAUCAUGUCGGCCGGCAGCGCCGUGCUCGGUCUCAACCACCAUCACCACGUGUCCGCGGCCGUGCACGACAGCGUCAGCCAUCACCACGUGUCCUGCGCCCCCACCGUCUUACACCACGAGCCGCUGGAGAAACUUAAGCGCGUGUGGGCGGAGACCGGUGACUUCCGCGACAAUGCCCACACCAUGGCCGUCGCGGCUAUGGACCACACACAGCUCACAUUCCCCUCCAGGAGUAGAACUCGGGACAGGAAAGGAGGGCGCGUGUUGGCAGUGGAACCCAUCGUGGGUGGUACGGUGAAGACUGAGGCAGGCGCUGACUCAGCGGACAACGGAGGCGGUGAAGACAGUAAGAACGACAAGAAGAACAAACGACAACGGCGACAGCGAACACACUUCACGUCUCAGCAGCUGCAAGAACUGGAGGCGACGUUCGCCAGGAACCGCUAUCCUGACAUGAGCACACGCGAAGAGAUCGCAAUGUGGACCAAUCUCACGGAGGCAAGAGUCAGGGUGUGGUUCAAGAACAGAAGAGCUAAAUGGAGGAAGCGAGAACGGAACGCUAUGAACGCAGCAGCGGCAGCUGCUGCAGAUUUCAAGAACGGCUUCGGCACUCAGUUCAACGGGCUGAUGCAACCGUUCACCGACACAGAAUCCUUGUAUUCGCCGUACCCGUACAAUAAUUGGGCAUCAAAAGUGCCCAGCCCCUUGGGCACCAAGAGCUUCCCCUGGUCAGUCAAUCCGCUGAGCUCCGUGGUCCCCUCCAACCACCAGAGCUCUGUAAACUGCUUCAACGCUGCCGCAACGUCGGUUGCAGCCGCUGCAUCGAUGACUUCGGGAACAGGCUCGAUGCUUCCCGGGUCGAUGUCGACGAGUUUGAGCGGAGUUUCGACACCCACCGGAGGGGUUUCCGGGCCGGCGUGUCCCUACGCACCGCCCGCGACUCCGUACAGCAUGUAUCACCACCGCUCCAGCGAGCCCUGCAGCGCAAUGUCAUCAAUAGGAGCUUCAAGCAUCGCCAGUCUUCGCCUGAAAGCUAAGCAACACUCGUCUAGUUUCGUCAGCACCUACUCUCCAGUAAGUCCUGCAGCCACUAGGUCCAAUUCGACGGGUCUUUCCGCCUGCCAGUACGCCACAGUGGACAGGACAUCUGUCUGAAACGAGGACCUGCACCAUGUCGGUCUCAGUGGCCACAUAAAACAGUCCAUGCUGUCGACAACCGACCUGCUUCUGGACUGCGGUGCCACUACGACGGGCAUGGUGAACCAUCGGACAAUCCUGAGCAGCAGUAGCAACCACAGACAGGAGGAAGACGAAGACGACAAGCCUGGGAGAGAUCAGAAUCACCACAACUCAUCUCUGAGCCCCGAGCAGCAGCAGAAUCACAGUAACCUAGCUCAGACGCGAGAGUAAUACGUCAUGCUAUCGAUCUAAAAGGCAAUCGACUGAAACUAGUCACGGAAAAAGACUGAACCAAAGAAUACAACUGUACAAUUGUGUACUAUACUCAGCAAAAUACUACGUCCUAAGUCAGCAAAGAAUACUUCGAAGAGAUGGUAUUAAAAUAAAAGUUUUAAUAAAUCUACUAAUAACUAAGACUGUCCCAUUAUUAGGAGGUAUAAAUCCUAUGUAUCGUAUUAUGAAAGUACAAAAUUGUUGCGAAAAGUGACUGGAUCUCUUAGCAACAAACCGAACCAAAGAUAAAUGUGUAAGUUUUAAACAGAUUCAGAUAGGCUUCAGAAAUGAAACAAAUAUUUUAUUUUUACUUUUGUUCGAAUGAUCUCCUUUGAAGUGACUGUAACACUGCUCUAGAAGGAAACGAGUUGUGGAAACUGCAAGGCGCCAUUAGGAACACUAAGUGCGGGUUUCCUUUGUACAUGUGGAGAAACUGAAAACCUGUAAUGAGCUUUUAAGUAAGCCACGAUGAAACGGUUCAAUUUUUCCUGUAGGUCACUACAGGAUCAGCAUAUUUUAUGAGAAUAGCAAUAGUUACCACUAUUACAAAAAUAAAAAUAAAUAACAUAAAUUCGACCUUAACUGUUUCGAUUUGGUGUGCUUCUUAUACAAGAUAAUAUUUGUAUGGAUGCAUGAAGUGUCCUCAGCCGUCGUUUAUGUGUGUGUGUGUGUGUGUGCGUGCGUGCGUGUGAGUGUGUAUAUGUAUUUCCGUUGUUAAUAUCGGUAAGUGUUGUACAAGAAAGUGGAAAUGAACAUUUGACUUUUAUUUACAAAGAAAUUCUCCAUGCAAACAAAUUGUUUUUAUGAUUAAUGUGUAUAAGUAACAGUGUUCUGUGCCUGCAUGCCCACACUAAUCGGCAAAGUUGUUUUCUGUUUCUGUAGUUUCAUCCGUGUUAUUCCACAGUGUUUCGAGUUCUUCAGGACACAGAUUUCUUUCAUUCCCAGUAUCUGAAGGGUUGUGCAUUAUAGCAUCUUAGUCUUGACUCACUACACAGAUCUUUUUAUUUUGUCUUGGUAAAGAUCACGUAUAUGUAACUUCACAAACUAUUUGAUGUAGACUUUCCGUUACGUUAACGCAAAGGAUUAAAUGUGCCUCUUCCUGUUGGACUUACAUAUGGGUACCAACGUUUCGGUGUAAUAUACUGCCUACAUUUUCAGGUCUGACAAUAGACGCUUAUGUUCCACCGAAAUGUUGACAACAACCUACUAGUCAUUGCAGUGUCACAACCCAUAUGACCACCAUUUAAAUUUUUAUCACAACAAAAACGUCAAAUUAAUGUUAUUAAAAAAAAUUAUUUAUAUAAAAAUGAACCGUAUAAGAAUAAUGCAGUCAGUGCAGCUAACAACAUUUAGUUUGCUCUUCACUUGAUGUUUGUUCUGUUUCACCCUCGUACUAUAAACCCUUAUUGAUCAAGAGAAUUUUAAAAGUGAAAAUCAACUUAUGUCGCUUUAUAUGACAACCCUUCUUUAAUGUUGGCGUUGUAUCGUCAUUUAUUUGUAAAUGGCCAUAUGAUAGGACAUGCCAUUUCGUUCUGCAGAGAACGUUCAUAUUUCUGUCUCCCUCUUUAUAAUCUGCAGCUUGUUAGAUCUUUGUUCUGUAACAAACAUUCAAUUUCACGGGCGAACGUCAGCACGAUUGGCCACGAAUCGCAAAAUCCAGGCCCAUUUGGAAACAAUUUAUAACACCCCUAUCAAACAACGUGUUUUGUUCCAACACUUAUCUAAAACGGAAAAAUAAUUUAGUACAGCAAAAUACUCAAUCUUACGCGUGAAUCAGCUUGCAGAUAUCAAACGAGAUAUUCUGGAUUGUCACGUCGCGUUUAGGUUAGCUUUUUACCAUCGUUUCGGAAGAAUCCGUUUUCAGACAUUCCUACCCUUAAGAUGGAGAUAGAAUAUUUAUCCGAAACGUCGGUAACCAACUACAUGAUUACACUGCAUCAUUGUUCAGAAGACUACAAUUGGCAUUUUCAACAGCCAUGAAAACCUCAGGUCUUACUUAUCUUCUAAAAUUAAUUUGAUCGAUUUGUAGCAUUCAUUGAAAGACUACACAUAAUAAUACAUGAAUUUUAAUCACAAAAUAAAAUAUCAGAAGAGACAUAUUACACUAAACAUCUUAAGAACUUUAUUGUAUCCCAUAGGAAUAUUCUGGGCAAUAAUUCAGUUCUUUGUAACACCAUUCUAAAAUCAUGCUAGAAAACCGAUGCAAAAACAGGUCGGAAAUCGUGUUGCAAACUUGAAAAUAAAAUUAUUCAAAAUUUUAUUCCUCAGGAAUACAUAUAUAUUUAACGCCAUUUUCACAAUUUCGCUCCUUAAUUUCAAUUACUUGUUUAAAACAAUUAUUAAAAUAAAGAAAGUUAUAUCACUGAUUCAACGUUUCUAAGCGCAUUUUAAUUUAUUAUAAUCUUAAAAUCCUGUUUGUUGCCUUAGAAAUCACACAAUAUCAAUAUUUUGUGUAUGUAGUUAAAGAUAUAUUACAAGUUACUCUCGUUAUGCACGCUUUCACUGUCCGCGUUUUUUUGCAUAUCAGCGGUUUCGAUUCAGUAUUAUGAUCAUUGCUGUCCUAUCCGCGGCCACGGCAGAAGACGCUGACUUGCGCGCUCAGUUUCACAGUCUCGCCCACCAUUUUGACUCCGGGACCUACAAUUAAGGCCUCUCAUUGUGUAUCACACGGAAAGUGUAAGGACAUGAUUUAUGUUUCCUGCUUUACGCGGUCUUUUAUAUACGCCGCGAUUUACUGGAAUGCAACCCCCGCGUAUAACGAGAGUCACCUGUACAGUCUGGAUUUAGCAUGGUCACCCGUGCACGAUGCAUUUCUUUACAUCGCACUCCCAACUAACAGUUACGCCAAAGACCAGAACAACCGAACACGUGCAAUUAUGAAUUUUUUAUUACUACCAGUAACAUUGAAUUCUGUAGAGACCUAGCAAUAUAAUAAUACGCUAGUCCUUUAAAAUUAUAAUAUUGUUGAUGUGUAAAGAAUAACCACACGUUAAAUAUGUACGCUGCAAAACAUAAUAAUAAUCCCGAAGUAUUUCAUUUCCCUU